ACCAGAGGGCAGUGGGCAUGGAACAGGCUGCCCGGGGCAGCGGGCACGGCCCCAAGUGCCGGAGUUCAAGCAGUGUUUGGACAACGCUCUCAGACACAGGGUUUGCAUUUUGGGUGAUCCUGCGUAGAGCUGGGAAAUGGACUCGAUGGUCCUUGUGGGAUUUUGUGGGAUAGCCAACUCAGGAUAUUCUAUGACUCCAUGAUUCUGUGAUUAAAAUGCUCACUUUUUAGAUAUGAGAUUUUUUUUUUAUUAGUGUUCCUAAGCCAGACAGAGCAUAUGAAUGCGGAGUAUCUUACUGAAGAUGUAACGUGUGCUGAGCAUCUGUGCUGCAGGGAAAGAAGCCUGACAUGAGUUCUGCCCCAGCCAGGCUUGUAGUUGUCCUAUUUCACAGUGUGUAAGGGCUACCACAAUCCAGCUAAGUUCAGCUGGAACUAGCCACAGGGAACUAUAAGCAUAGCCUUGGCUAAAGGAGAACUAUUUCAUUACUGUAGUCCCAGGAGGCCUUUCUGCAGGUGAAUUCAUUGCCAGUGAAUAGGCAAUGAAUAGGGCUCUCCUGCCAAGAUGAUCAUUUACACCAGAGCUCCACUUGUGUAAAAUUAAAUCGUUCAGAGAACGUUUUCCAUCAGUGCUACCACUACGGCUAAUGUUGAUGUCUUGGGUGUAAAAGCCAAGCUUCAUUGUUUGUGUGUUUUUCUUUUUAACUUCCAUUAGUGUGUCACAAAUUGUGCAAGGGUUUUGAAUGCUUCCUUAAAUCAAAAAAAGCUGGUCUUUAAAUUAAAUUCACAGAUCUAUAACACACCAGAUGACAAGAAAAAAAUUCUUGAAAAUGGAAAACAUGGGAGUAAAGUCAAGCAAGAAUAAGUUAUUUGAGAUUAGGAGAUGAUACGUAAAAGCAGAUUAAGACUGAUUCAUUAAGUGUGCCAACCAAGGGCUUUUGCAAUUAAACAGGAUGAUUCUGAUUAUUCUUAAAGAAAGAGUAUUGAUCACAUGAAUUCAAUGUCUCCUAUAACAUCUCAUUAUAACAUUGGCACUAAUAGCUAAAACUGAAGACUAAUCUAGCAGACAGUGGUAGCUUCUAGAAAAAUGCAGGAGACCCAAAUUCAGAAAUUGGUUCUUCAGCAGCAGCUAAAAACAUGUUAGGAUUGUUCUCCUCCAACCCAGAGUCCUCCAGCUUCUAGAGAGACAUGCUGAGAAAAGAUCUUUGCUGAACCCACAGCUUGUACUUUUACAAAACAUAAAGCGUACGUACUGCAACAUGUGAAGCCUCUUUGACAUUCAGAAUCAAGUCUGUUUGGUUUGUGAGCACAGAUGUGAAAGGCCCCAUUAGCGGCUUCACUUUUAUAUUUCCAGUGUAAUUUAGAUAAUUAAUUGUCUUCUUUUUUUUUAUGAAUACAGCAUGCCUAAAUAUUUGUCUUUACUUGUUCAGAGCUGUGCAAGGAGUAAUUACCAUCAAUCAACUUGUAUUUCAUUGUAAUACGAGUGGAGUUGAAGUCAGCAAGUGUACAGUUGGAGCACGUGCACCCAACCACAAUCAGCAUAUCUCUGUUAAAGUUUCCCUUGGACUCUGAGGCAGCUUGCUGCAAAUACUGAGCACUGGAUUAAUACCUCAGUCAGCCUGUCCUUCACAGCCAGAUGGAGGCUUUGGGGAAAAAGAGUGACCUCCUUGGUUUGCAAACAGAGGGCAACGUGGAACAACCAUUCAGUAUUAGUUCCUUGAAAAAGCUCGUUGCUAUUCCUGACCACACAGACAUCUCUGUGACCCCAGAAGAGAGAGUACGUGCCUUAAGCAAACUUGGCUGCAAUAUUGCAAUCAACGAGGACAUCACUCCACGUCGUUACUUCAGAUCUGGAGUAGAAAUGGAGCGAAUGGCGUCGAUAUAUAUGGAGGAGGGAAAUCUGGAGAAUGCUUUUGUUUUUUAUAAUAAGUUCAUAACCUUGUUUGUGGAAAAGCUGCCCAGUCACCGAGACUAUCACCAAUGCGCAGUACCAGAAAAGCAAGUUAUUAUUAAGAAACUGAAGGAGGUUGCAUUUCCACGGACGGAUGAACUGAAGAGAGAUCUUUUAAAAAAAUAUAGCUUAGAAUAUCAAGAAUACAUGCAAAACAAAAAUAUGUGUAAAACUGAAUCUCUGAAGAAACUAGAGCAGCAGAAGCUAAUAGAGGCAGAGAAGAAACGAAUUGCACAUAUGCGGCAGCAGCAGCUUGAAUCAGAACAGUUUCAGUUCUUUGAGGAUCAACUUAAGAAGCAAGAACUGGCUCGAGAUCAGAAGAUUAAAGAGAGUAUGGUUAUGUCUGAGCAGAUAGAUGGAAGUAUGCUAUCUUGUAUUUCUGUACCUGAGAACAGUUCCACACCUACCACACUGCUAGAGAAAAAAGAGAGGAGUGGCACAUGUGUCUCUACUGGAGAGUCACCUCCAGUAAACCGGGCCCUAAAGCCAGCAGCUGCUUUAAGUGCUGUUCAGACUCAAUUGGCUGAAGCACUCAGAGGUGUAAUUUUACCCAGGGAUCUCUGUCACAAAUUUCUGCUGCUCGCAGAGGCGAAUACAUUAAGAGGAAUAGAGACAUGUGGAAUUCUCUGUGGAAAACUGACACAUAACGAAUUUACUAUUACCCAUGUAAUAGUGCCAAAGCAAUCUUCAGGACCAGACUACUGUGACAUGGAGAACGUGGAAGAAUUAUUUGGUAUUCAGGAUCAGUUUGAUCUCCUCACUUUGGGUUGGAUACACACACAUCCAACACAAACCGCAUUCUUAUCCAGUGUUGAUCUUCAUACUCAUUGUUCUUAUCAGCUAAUGUUACCAGAGGCCAUUGCAAUUGUUUGUUCACCAAAACAUAAUGACACUGGCAUCUUCAGAUUAACUAAUGCUGGCAUGCUUGAAGUUUCUGCUUGUAAAAAGAAGGGAUUUCAUCCACAUACAAAGGAUCCUAGGUUAUUUAAUCCAUGCACCCACGUGGCUGGGAAAGACAUAAAGGUCAUUGUGCUGGAUCUGAGGUGAUACGGAUGGACCAUCGCAAUGUUGCUAUACAAGUGGCCAACAGAGAAAAAUGGCUUCCUGUUUUUCUUACGUUUUCAGAAGUGACUUUUAUAUUUAUACAUUUUAGAUUGAAUGGUUUGGUAUUUAUUGCUUUUGCCUGUUUUGGAGUUAUUUUGUUGCCCUGUCAAGAUGGAAUUCAGUGGCAUUACCCCUGAAACUGUAAAUGCAUCAUCUCAGUAAGAACAACAAUAAAAUGAAGUUCAAGCAACAGUAACAAAGUUGAAACAA